CACUGCAUUAUUUUUGCAUUUUCAGUACUUCCAGGACCCCUCAGACAAUUACCUGCAGAACCUGAUGGACGAGGACGAGGAGGCAGAUGCCUGUUACAAACGCAAAUGUUCGGCCAACGAGAACUGUUGCGAGGGUUCCGUUUGCGUGGAAAUCGACGGAGUCGAAGGAGAAUGUCUGCCAGCUGAUGGAAGGAGCGAAGGCGAACGAUGCAUCAGAGACGAAGACUGCGAAGUUGGUUUGUUCUGCGAAAGGGAGCACAAAUCAGGUGGCAAAUUUUGCCAGGCCUCAGUGUCCAGGAAGAAGCAAUUGAAUGAAGGAUGCGACAUGAGCGUGGACUGUGACAUCGAAAAGGGUCUCUGCUGCCAGUUGCAGCGCAGGAUCAGGCAACGCGCAAAGAAGGUCUGCUCUUACUUCUCAGAUGCUCUUCAGUGCAUCGGUCCGGUCGCAGUUGACAAAGUCAAGGUGGAACUGCCCAAGUUGCCAGUCCCCGGGGAAAAACGCAUCUAUUUCUAAAAGCUUUCCCCUCAUUUGAAUCUCCCACAAAAAAAAAGAAGAAGAAAACAUUCCGAAUUUCGUCGUUUCGAGGUCAAAAAACCCCUGUUUGUUUUACCUCAUGGACUUUGUUCGAGCUCUGCUGGCUGGUGCCUCGAGCAAGCCCAAGAAAAACAAAAGAAGGAUCUCUUAAUCUUAAAGAAAAACUGUAUCCCUGGCCUGAAGGGGGUUCUUAUUGUAAAUAAAAAUUUCCCACCCCAUUUUUUGCUUGCUUUUCUAUAGAAAAAGUCUGAGGACUUGGCAGGUUGUAUCGUAGAGCAAUAAGUCGACACAAAUCCCUUUUUCCGAACGAAAGAAGAAAAAAAUGAGACUUGGCUUCUUUUAGCUUCGUAAAAAAAAACCCUCAUUCCCCCUUUUUUUUAAUGUUCCGGUUGACAGAAGAAGAGAAAAAUUUGCAUAUCAAAAACACGGAAUCUGUUCCCCAUCAUAUCAACUAUGGGCUUUCGUAUAUACAUUCCAAACAACUAACAAUCACUCGUGUCUUUCUGAUGGCAAACAAAAAAUUGAGGUCUUUCAAUGUCCAAAAAAAAAUAUUCGAGCCGGAAAUAUUUCUCAAUCCGCAGAAAGAAAAAAAUUAUUUCGUGUCGUCAAUGUUUGUUUUUUUCCCCCGUCGUGUUGAAUACUCGAUGCUUCGUGUAGAAAACAACAGAACAUGAAAAAGGAAAAGAAAACCUAUUGUACAAGUUUUGAGAGCUGACUUUUAGUGUAGUCAAUCAGCGUCAAAUACACUGCAAAAACGAAAAAGCUGCGGCGAAUGAUGCAAAUUUCCGGUGAAACACGAAUUCAGUCGAAUAAAAGACGGCUAUUGAGAGAAAAAA